AUGUUGGCUAGUGGUAAGAACAACCACAAUAACAAUCACUCCACACAAUUAUCACCAGCAAAUAUGUCGAGUAUGCACACUAGUCAUUCCUCGCAAAAGAUCAAUAAUCGGGAUUUGUUGAAUUCGAACGAUCAACAACAACAACAACAUUCGGUUGAUCACUCACAUCAUCAUCAUCAUCACAGUGGUGGUCUUCAUAAACAUUCUCGUUCUUCCUCGAGGGAUAUGAUGUCCGAAGUGGAGGAAGGAUCCAAACGGAAUAAUGGUGGAACGAUCAUUGAUAGUUUUUCGUCCUCCCUUUCAAUUCCAUCCAUGAUGCCCAAUCUAAAUGGUGUCACAGCAACAACCUUAGAAAAUCACCUCCCUCAACGAUUGAAGCUUUCACCCAACUCAGUCUAUGUCACUGGUUGUAAUGAUCAUUAUCAAUUAGGAACGAUGGAUAAUGAAAAGAGAUUCGUUUUCUGUUUUCUCUCGCAAGACGACAAAAUCAAACGAAUCAAGUGUGGACAAGACUUUACAGUUUUCCUCACACAGAAAAAUCAGGUAUUUGUGUUGGGUUCUAACACCAAUGGUCAAAUUGGACUUGCAAAAGAUAUACAUCACGUCAAAACACCAGCAAGGCUCACUGCUUUUGAUGAAAUGGAGGUAUUGAGUUUGUCAAGAAGCAGCUCAUUAAGUGUUGCUGGUGGUCAAGAAGACACUUCAGGCUCCAGCGCUGCUUCUACCGUUCAAUUGGAUGACUCUGAGGAACUACUGCAAAAGUCCACAUCCUCUUCUUCGUCAAAUUCCGAGUACGGAGAAGGUCAAAUCGCAAAUGUAUAUUGUGGUGCUGAAUUUACCAUUUUCUUGAUGCGAGAUGGAAGAGUGUACGGUACAGGAUCGAAUAUUUCUGGACAAUUAGGCAAACCAAUUUCAGCUUCAUUAGAAAAUAAUGCAAACAUUUUCUUUGAACCUGUUCCUUUAACGAUGACCACUCCUCCACCAGCUGGUACGGCAACUGCUAUCGUUGCUGCAUCACACAACAAUGGUGCGAGUGGAUUUAAUGCCACCAACACCACAACUCCCUCAGCAACUGUUGAAUUAUCUGGCAUUUCCAAAGUAGCUGUUGGAAGGACUCACUCCAUAUUCAUCACAGAAGACGGUCAUGUUUAUGCUUGUGGAUUGAAUGAAAUGGGGCAAUUAGGUCUUGGUACCAGAUCCAGAAAUGAGCCGUACAUUCAAUUAAUUCAGGAAUUGAAUGAUUUUGAAAUUAGAAAAGCUGCUUGUGGAGCUGAACAUUCCUUGUUUCUAACUACGACAGGAGACCUUUACGCCACAGGAUCAAAUCAAUUCGGGCAACUUGGCAUUUCUAAUCCUCAGGUACAUUUUAAACAAAGUCCAGUGUUGGUAUGUCAGACAGAUAGCGAUGUGACAGAAUUCAACAAACAAAAUGCCUCAAAUUCCGAUGCAACCACCAAGAAUGAUCCAGAGGCCACCACAUCGACUAGUUCUGUAACAAGCAAACAGAACAAUAAGACAGCCAUUGAUCAAUCCAAGAACGCGAAGAACCAAAACGGUAUUCCAGAAUUGCCAAGCGGAAACAAAUCUUUACUUGGAAGUGUCAAGAAAAUCAAAUGUGGCCUCUAUCAUUCGGUCAUUAUGAACAAACACUUUGACAUUUUUGUUUUUGGAUGUAAUAAUGAAGGACAAUGCGGAUUGCCAUUUGCAUCAACAACAGAACGAAAAUUAACCACAACUAGAAACAUUUACACACCCACAAAAUUGGUGAUCAUGGAAGCUGGUUUGGACUAUGUUGAUCGAAUUCGUUGUGGAUACAAACAUACCACCUUUUUAACUCAUCGAUAUGACAUCUAUCAAUGUGGAAGCAAUGAGCUAGGCCAAUUAGGAUUGCCAGACGAUGAAGAAGCAAUUUAUGUAAGCACACCCACAAAGGUCACCUUGAUCAAUGACACCAAUAUUCCAAUCAAUGCCACCAGUGGACCCUAUUCAACCAUUCUCUUCACUGGUGACGAUAGCAAACCAAAAUUCUCCAUUUUUAAGCAAUUGAAGCAAAACCAUGCUGCUAGAGAUCGAGUGUUCCAAACCAACAUGUAUGCCUUCAUGCCACUUGUUCGACUGGUCUCACCCUUCUUAGAGUCCAUGCUUAAAAAUUCUGAAUUUAUGGGAAAGCUUGAUGCAAAUGACCAAUUAUACAUGCAACGAAUGAUUAACACGUGUUAUGACCGAUCUGAGAUUGCUUUCGUUAGAGAGAUGGAUUACAUUUUGGAAAUUAUUGAAAUGAAAUUGGAACAAUGUAACAACAAGGACAAAGGCGUCCUAACGACAUGUAGAGCCAAAUGUUAUGCCAUACUUCAUGAAUUGAACGAAAAGUUGCUUGAAAACUCAGUUGCAAAAACUGACGAAAUUGAGGCCAUCACAAGUGACAUUCGAUUCGAACUUUUCCUCAAGCAAGUACCAGAGUGGAAUAAGCGAUCGAAUACCAUCACAUGGAAUGAGGAAAGAAGAAGACAAUCCCGUGUUGGAAUUGAUAUUUGUAAUCCUUUACAACAUCUCUAUGAUGAUCCUUUUGGUGACAUUAUUCUCUUUCUCGAUAAGGCACAUACGAAGAAAAUCAAAGCUCACAAAACCAUCCUUAGUUGCGCGAGUGCUUACUUGGCUCAUCGAAUCGAAAGGGAGGAACAAGCUACUUCCCCUCGUUCGAGCGGCUAUCCCAUGACUAUGGACAUGUAUGACGCCACUUGUUCUUCAGAUCAAAUCAAUAAUAAUAAUAAUGAGAAAGAGCAAGCCAUUAGAAUUGAAGCCCUAGAAUGCACUAUCAAGUACAUGUAUGAUGCCUUGGAUCAAUCCUCACAAAUCACUCAAUUACUGGUUCCUAUUAUGGAAAUUGCAUGGAAAUUCCAAAUGAAAAACCUUCAAGAUUAUUGUCUCUCCUCACUCGAUGCUAAUCUGUGCGUGGAUAACUUUGUGUCAGUUCUCAAAUGGGCAAAUCCUUAUCGAAACAGUCAACCUUUAAAACCAAUAAUUUCAAAGAUUAUUUCAUUUGGAGCCAAUAAUUGGGAAAAAAUCAUUUCACAUUUCAAGGAAGAUCAAGAUUGGCAAGAUGUUUCUCCAGCGUUGAUCAUUCGAAUUAAUCGACAAUGGAUGCAAAAUCAAGAGCGGUUUAUUUCUAACACCACUACCAACUCAACAAACAAUAUUCCUUCCUUGCAUUUGGUGCAUCAUCACCAUCAUCACCACAAUCAACAUCAUCACAAUAAUCAACAACAUUCCAGUCAGUCCUCUCUGAAAAGAAAGUAA